GGUGCGCUGUGUCCCUCGGACACAGCGGAGCACUGAUCAAUGGAAAGAGGCAAAGAUGUCAGCUCGGUCAUGUGAUCAGCUGUGUCCAAUCACAGCUGAUCACAUAGGGGACAUGUACACUGAUCAUCAGGGCACUAAUGAUCAGUGUUCCCUGAUGAUCUGUGUAGCCCCAGCAGUGCCAUCUGUCAGUGUCCAUCAGUGCCAGCUCUCAGUGCUCAUCCAUGCCACCUGCCAGUGCCCAUCAGUGCCACAUUUCAGUGCCUACCAGUGCACAUCAAUGCCACAUAUCAGUGCCCAUCUGAGCUGCCUUUCAGUGUCACCCAUCAGUGCCAGUCAGUGCCACCUAUCAGUUCUGAAAAUCAGUGCCACCUAUUAGUGCUGCCAAUCAGUGCUGCCUAGCAGUGCCGCCUAUCAGUGCCAGUCAGUGCCGCCUAUCAGUGUGCAUCAGUGCCGCGCCUAACAGUGCCAGCUAACAGUG